AACAGCUCAGAGAGGGACCGAGGGAGGUUCAGUUCACAUUAAACGCUGCUCAAGACCCGAAACUGCUCAACUAAAUUAAUUUAUAAGAUCAAUAAAGAGCAGAGCGCGAGCCACCACCUGUUGGAGCCACACGAGAAAAAACGACUUGGGUGAACUGAUGUUAAUGGAGCCCACUGAACCGGAGGCAUCAUGGACGUUGUGGACAACAGAGAUGACCUGAGAGUGUCAGCGAGAGGAAGACCGCAGUGGUGGAGAGGCUCGGGGCAGCAGAGGGAAAAGGAGGAGGAUGAGGAGCAGGAUGAAGAGCAGCUGGUGGAGGUGCUGCUCCGAGGUAAAGCCCCCUGGGGCUUCACCCUGAGAGGAGGCACCGAGCACCGAGAGCCUCUGGUCAUCACGAAGGUGGAGGAGGGCAGCGUGGCGUCGGCGGUCCGUCUCCAGGCCGGUGAUGAGAUGGUGAGCGUGAACGCCGUUCCCCUCAGCGGCUCCCGUCAGGAGGCCAUCUGCCUGGUGAAAAGCUCCCAUAAGACCCUGACCCUGGUGGUCCGAAGGAAGAACCGCUUCAAAGGGAAGAAUGAUCCAAGCUCGCGGCCCCACUCCUGGCACACCUCCAAGCUGACAGAAGAGGAGUCAGAGCCCCCCGGGAAAGAGGCCACCCCAGCACCAGUUUGGCAGCCAAAACAUGAAGCAAGGCCCAAAGAGUCUUCCUGUCAAGAGGUCAAGAACAACCAGCGUCAGCUAACCAGCCAGCUCAGCUCAGUGAACAACAUGGAGAGACUGGAGCGUCCCUCUCAUCCCUAUCCUCAAGGUCGUCUUUCCCCAACUAAAUACACCAGCAGCCCUGAGCCAUUCGGUGGACCAGGAGGCAAAAGAGACUCUGGAUUCAGCUGUUUCUCCAGCAGCUCCAGUCCUCCUGUUCAUGACCUCAGUGCACCUGGUAGGAAGGGUACCAGCACUGAAAAUAUUUUCUUCAAGGGCCUUCAGAACGAAGGGCCUUUUCAGGCCGAGCGGCCCAAGUACCUGCAGCCAACGCUGGGGAACGGUGGCUGGGAGGGUUCCCACAUGGAGGAGCAGCUUACCUCUCGGGUUUCCAGUGGAGUAAGGCCCAGCAUCGGCCCAGUGUGGCAGGUACCAGAGAAGAAGUCCCAGUCUCCUCCUCCUCCCCCUCCUCCCCUGCGCAGCGACAGUUUUGCCGCCACAAAGGUGUUCCCUUACUCUGAAGGGCCUGGUGGUUCAACGAAGAGCCACGGCAGAUCAAUUGAAAAACUGACAGAAAGUAACAACCAGAAUGGCCUCAGAUCCCACAAGGAGAAAACCUCAGAGGCCAGAUGUAGCCUCAACCCCCUGCCCACCAAAGACUUCCUCCAUGUCAACAUGGCAGCUGACCACAACCAGCUACACCCCAACAAACUCUUCUCCCUGUCCAGCAAUGAUGUCAGACAGCCUCAUUACACCAAUGUACCUGCCCAUCAGAGGCAACACAGUGAUGAAAGCCCCCUCUACCUCCAGACGAGGUCCGCUCCCCCCACCAAGAUUCAGAGUGUAGGAAGCUACUAUCGCAGCCUCCAGGAUCUGCCCACAAAUGUCUUCAGCCGCAAACAUGUCCGGCACUCUACAGCAUCCAUGGUAAGUUCUGCUGCAAACCCAAACCCAGAGAAUGGGGGGUACAACAGAUACUACGGCCUAGUGAACAAGCAUUCAGUUCAGACUGCCGAGCACCAAACCAGGCAGGGCAAAGCUGAGGGCUGGAGGGGGGAAGCAGAGAGACCCCACUGGGUAAACAGCAAUGAACAAGGCCUCCCAAGUUCCUUGAAGACGAACGUUAAGGCAAAGUACUACCUACCUCAGUCCCAGAUGCCUUUCAGUGAUAAUAAGGAGCGCAAUGGCCAUUCCCAUUUGGGGAAUGGUCUACACUAUGACCACCAAACUUCUGAACUUUCUAUUCGAAGCCGCAGCCCAGAGGAUGCUGCUAAGAGGGGUGAAGGACACUCUAAUGACAUGAAAAGACUGUUCCCAACUCAUCAAAGCAAUGAUCAUAAGGUCAGUCUUUCAAGGCACCAGGACCCGUGGGUGCCUCAAGAAGACCACCGAAUAUCCCCCCUGAAAACCCCACUUCUCCACUCCCUGGCCCAGGAGAGUAGGAGUCUGGCUGAGAGGCAACCAGCAACUACAACCACAAGUGUCAUGUCCACCCAGGAUGUUGGUGACGCCAUGGCCACCAGUGGUGGGAAAGCAAAUCGGCGCAGUGACCGGUACGCCACCACCCUCCGCAAUGAGAUCCAGCAGAAGCGAGCCCAGCUGCAAAAGAGCCGCAGCGCCGCGACCCUCACCUGUGAUGCCGAGGAUGAGGAGGCAGAGGAGUGGAGAUCCACAAAGACUUCUACAUCUUCUGGUGUCUCCUUCUCAAGCACCUACAAGGACCACCUGAAAGAGGCUCAGGCCAGGGUCCUCCAGGCCACCUCCUUCCAGAGACGUGACCUAGAGCCCUUCGGACCAGAGGCGCCAGUAGUUAAAACCUCUAAUGGACGCAUUAGAGGACGUAAGCGCUUCCCCCUGGCCAAGAGGACACACUCGUUCUCAGAGCCUGACAAGAUAGACAAAGUGGGAGUAGAGGGAGAGCUUCAAACAGGGUCUUUUGGAGAGCGAAGGAAGUUCUUUGAGGCCAAACCAGCAUUUUCCAGGCCUGUGCCCAAGUCCAGUCAGGGUACAAACUCGAACCCAGACCUUGGUGAGACAGACAAACACAAAGAGAGAACUCCGUCAGGAGAGCCCGAGGAGGCUAACCCAUCCGUAGACCCCAACCGCCUCAGCCCUGGAUGUAAGCAGGACUUACUAGAGCAGCAGAGGCUUGGGACCUUUGCUGAGUAUCAGGCCACAUGGAACAAACAGAAGAAGUCAUCUGAGGCCAAGACGCAAGGGAGGUAUCACUCAGCAGAGAACAUCUUGGAUGCAGAUGCAGAGGAAAACACAGUUUGCGUCCAUGAGAGAUCCAGAUCUUCUCCCUCUGCAGAUUUCUAUAUACAGAAUAUUCCUUCGUCGUGGAGAGACCCUCAAGCUCGGCAGAGCGGUUACACCACCAGAGGAAAGACAGAGAGCAGGCAGCGAUACCAGCCUGACCACAGCCCACAGUCAGCCCCAUCAGUCCCCAAAAACGAGGGCCCGGUCCCAGGCCUCCCUGACCACAAGUCCAAACCAGAUGCUGCCAAUCCCUCCCACACCACACUCUCCUCUGGCCCUCGUAGCCUCAGCCCCAACCCUGGCUCCCAGCACCCAGCCCAGCCUCCACAAACCAAGGGCCUCUUGCCGCCACCCAGGCCCCAUUUAGGCCCAGAAACCACAUCCUCCUCCCUGGAAUUCCUCACUGGCGCCCAGGCAGACCCGGCAGCGCUCCAGCCUCUGUCCAGCUCCAACUCUGACACCCAGCACCAUAACACUGCCCAGGGCACCGCCCCGGCAGGCUCCCCUCGCCUCAGCAGGACGCCUGGACCAGAUAUGAGCAGAGGAGGUGUAGAAAGUGAGGAGGAACAGCAGCAGCCUGCACCUUCCUCCUCUUCAUCCCCGCUCUCCUCCUGGACGGACGCUCUGUCCCUUCCUGUAGGGGAUCGAGCGCGGUCACCAUCGCCACAGUUUGCACCGCUGAGGUUGACCGACAAACCGCCGGCAGUGUCCGUGCAGGAUGACUCACCGCUCAGGUCUGAAGAUGAAUCGCGGCUCCCUGAAGUGAUGGAUGUGAACAGUGUGGUGAGGAAAGUCCCCGUGAGGAUCGUCCACACUGAGAGCAGCUCAGAGCGGGAGGGCCGAGCCUACUUGCCUCAGAGCAGCGAGACCUGCGGCAUCUUCGACCCGCCUUCUUACAUCUCCUCCCUGGGCGCCACGGAGCGCCCGGCCUCCUCCCUGUUCAGUGCCUACACCCGCCAGACCGCUCAGGACCCGGGUCAUGCUGCGACAUCAGGCCAACAAGGAGUCGAAAGCGCUUCCACCCCCAGCAGCCCCGAGUCGAGCUCAAUGGGGGCUCGCCACUCAGAGGAGGACGUCAAGAGAGAAGAGCUGGCGAGGGACAUCAUGGGUAAAGACAAGUCCUUGGUGGACAUCCUGGACCAGAGCGGUAGGAAGACCACCAUGGACCUGAUGGAGGGACUAUUCCCCCCAGAGGAGCAGAUCCUGGAGGGGGCCCACCAGCGCAGGAGGGCCUCCGCUGGCUCCAGGCUGCUCACCUCAUCACCCAGGAGCAUAGAGAGGAGGGAGGAGGAGGACGUGUCUGUGUCGGCGGCGGCCUCCCUGGUGCCCAGCUCCUCCUACUACAACACAUCAGCUCCCAAAGCCGAGCUCCUCAUCAAGAUGAAGGACAUGCAGGAGCAGCUGGAGGAGCAGGACUCUGAGGACGAGCUGGACGUUGACCUGGCCAGUAAAAAGCAAGAGCUGAUCUCCAGCCUAGCGAAGAAGCUGGAGGUGCUGCGGGAGGCGCGGCAAAGCCUGCAGGAGGACGUGGAGGACAACGAGGCUCUGGGCCGCGAGGUGGAGGCCACCGUGCAGCGACUCUGCCAGCCCAACCAGCUCGACAAGUUCCGCAUGUUCGUGGGCGACCUGGACAAGGUGGUGAGCCUGCUGCUGUCGCUGUCGGGACGUCUCGCCCGGGUGGAGAACGCCCUCAACAGCCUGGAGGACGAAGCCCCUCCAGAGGAGAAGCGCACCCUGACGGAGAAGCGCAAGCUGCUGAUGCGGCAGCACGAGGACGCCAAGGAGCUGAAGGAGAACCUGGACCGUCGGGAGCGUCUGGUCUUUGGGAUCAUGGAGGCCCACCUAGCCACAGAGAGCCUGGACGACUACCGCCAUUUUGUGAAGAUGAAGUCGGCCCUCAUCAUCGAGCAGCGCAAACUGGAGGACAAGAUCAAGCUGGGCGAGGAGCAGCUGAAGUGCCUGGUGGACAGUCUGCCGCUGGAGCAGAGGCCGCUGCUCUGAUACCGUUCGCUUCAAAAACAUCUGGUUUUCAAGAGAAAUACUGGAUCAAGACUGGGGCUCCGGGAAGAACUCCUACCCAUGUAGCAUUUUUAACACCGACGUAUCAUUGUUAAACUGAGUACAUGAUUGAGACUAUUUUCAGCCUCUGUUGCAUGCCAGUGGUGUUGAUACUACUUUUCCCAUGUUCCGAUGAAGUUUUUGCACAUGACGAGACAAGAACACAAUUAUCGUGUUGUUCUUUGUGAUUAACUGAUUCACGACUGAUGUUUGUAGAUGUCGGACAAGAGACGUGCAGAGAUAGAGGGAGACUGAAAACGCCAGAAAGGCAAGACGCCUCUCUGUAGAGUGAUUAUUUUUCUGCUUAAGCACAUAUGUAACUGCAUUGGUUAAACAAAUGAGCUACUGUAGACACACAGGUUAAGUCCUAAAUAGCUUCCUGGAUUCCUGUAAAAGUUCCUGCAGUUAAACGAAGAUGAUAGUCAGGAAACAAAUGUCUUUUUUCUCAUACUGAAGAGGAUAAACAGACGAUUUUAUGUCGAUCUUUCACUCCUUUUACAAUCUGUUGCAAGAUGACAUAAAGGACAUUUUCCAUAAAAACCUGACAAAUCUGAAAAAGUUUUGGUCUAGAUACUGUUAGAGGCAGAUGCUCUCCUUUUGUGAACCAUAUAUUUGUAUCCUCAAGUUAAAGUAUUCAUGGUUUAUCUUUAAAACUAGUCACUUUUGGAGCCUCCAUUCUCCAGAAAUUACUAACUUUUUAUAGCCUCCUUGCAUAAACUUUAAUCAGAAUCAUAUUUUAUUGAACAAAAGUGAAGUGAAACACUGCAGUGUGACCUGAGCUUUAAAGAUACACACACACAUAUAUAUACAAACCAAACCAUAUCCUCAACAUUUAUGAUCACAAAACUUUGGUUGUCUCUUUAUAUUUUCAGUCUACUGUUAAUAUUUGUGUUUCUAACUUGUUGUAUUUAAGUUGUAUCACAAGCUCGCUCUCCUGCCGUACGUGGCUGGGUUUGUAAUUAAUUAUCAUCACGUGUGUUUUAAAGUUAAUAUUUUCUAGUAAUUUAUUGUAGCCAAUUUGAAAACUUCUAUGGAGGAAGGGGAAGGUGUUUUCCCCGGUAAUUUAAUUUCACUCAUGAUGUACUUUUUGUUUUCUAAUUAAAUGAAAUGAAGAUUACAAAAUGCUAUAAAUCUGUUUUUAGGUUACAAUCCAGUUUUUAAAAGUGUCAUCAUGUUGUCAAGCAAGAUAUUAAGAUAUCUUUCCUGCUUUUACAACAAACCACGUCUUCUUUGUGUAGCGUUUCAUUCUAUAAGAGUAGACGUCACUUUUUCACACGGCAAAUAUCUCAUUUUGGAGUGGAACUAUUUAAAUUAUACUAGAAUAAGAGGUGAAUGUGAUAACUGGACUUUAUUCUCAUAAAGACGAUGCUGACUGGUUCCAGCAGUACAGACGUUGUUCCUUCUUGUUUUCUAUAAAAUAAUAUACUGCUAAUAAAUUACAGGUUUUCAUUCAGUGCUUUUAGCUGAAGCUCCCAUCCAAAGAUCUUCACUGGCUGUUGAACCUUUUCUACACUCUCAGACUAAAAGGACUGAGGUGCAGCUGGUGUUUUCUGUGGAGGUUAAUCUAAAAGUUUAGCACUUUACUCUCUGGUUUGGCCCUUUUUUAGGGGUCUCUCUGCAUAUAUAUUUAUCUGAAGACGUGCCUACUGUAGCCUCCCACCACUGUGAUCUCCAUGGACUGAUGAAGGCGUGCAGCAGGGUACCGUGUACGGCCCACACCUCCUGUAUGCAGUGCGCUCUUCACCCAAUGAAAGCAAUAAAAUGAUUAAGCUGA